UCCCAUUGCUGCAAAGCCAAACAGCCCAGGUUUUGGGCUUCCGUUUCUCAUUGGCGUGUCUAUUUUGCAGAUCCCACUGAUGACUAGGAGCUGAGGGGCCCGAUCUCCAACGCCAGAGCCUCUCCCGCCACCUUCCCUCUUCCCAGCCUGACGCGUGGGCUGCGGAGCCCGAGGGGCCCGAUGCCGAAGAACAGCAAAGUGACGCAGCGGGAGCACAGCAGCGAGCAUGUCACCGAAUCGGUGGCCGACCUGCUGGCCCACGAGGAGCCUGUGGACUACAAGCGCAGCGUCUUGAAUGUGACAGGCGAGGCCUGGGACAAGCAGAAGGAUGUGGAGGAGGAGCUGGACUCGGAGAAGCGGCCGGCAUGGAAUAGCAAGCUGCAGGACAUCCUGGCCCAGAUCGGCUACUCCGUGGGGCUGGGGAACGUCUGGCGCUUUCCCUUUCUCUGUCGCAAAGAAAAAGGGGGUGCCUACCUGGUCCCAUACCUGGUGCUGCUGAUAAUCAUCGGGCUCCCUCUCUUCUUCCUGGAGCUGGCCGUGGGCCAGCGAAUCCGCCGGGGCAGCAUCGGCGUCUGGAAUUACAUCUGCCCCCGCCUGGGGGGCAUCGGCUACGCCAGCUGCCUUAUCAAAGGGAUCCAGUCCUCGGGCAAGGUCAUGUACUUCAGCUCCCUCUUCCCCUACGUGGUGCUUCUCUGCUUCCUGGUGCGGGGCCUGCUCCUGCGAGGGGCGGUCGAUGGGAUUGUGCACAUGUUCAUGCCCAAGCUGGACAAGAUGCUGGACCCGCAGGUGUGGCGCGAGGCGGCCACCCAGGUCUUCUUCGCCCUGGGCCUGGGCUUCGGCGGCGUCAUCGCCUUCUCCAGCUACAACAAGCAGGACAACAACUGCCACUUCGAUGCCACGCUCGUCUCCUUCAUCAACUUCUUCACCUCUGUGCUGGCCACCCUGGUGGUCUUCGCCGUGCUGGGCUUCAAGGCCAACAUCAUGAACGAGAAGUGUGUGGUGGAGAACGCUGAGAAGAUCCUGGGCUACCUCAACACCCAUGUCCUGAGCCACGACCUCAUCCCGCCCCACGUGAACUUCUCGCACCUCACAGCCAAGGACUACAGCGAGAUGUACCACGUGAUCCAGACGGUGAAGGAGGGCCACUUUCAGGAGCUGGACUUGGACCCCUGCCUGCUAGAGGAUGAGCUCAACAAGUCCGUGCAGGGCACCGGCCUGGCCUUUAUCGCCUUCACCGAAGCCAUGACCCACUUCCCCGCCUCUCCGUUCUGGUCCGUCAUGUUCUUUCUGAUGCUGAUCAACCUGGGGUUGGGCAGCAUGAUUGGGACCAUGGCCGGCAUCACUACCCCCAUCGUUGACACCUUCAAGGUGCGGAAGGAAGUGUUCACAGUUGGCUGCUGCAUCGUGGCCUUCCUGAUCGGCCUGAUCUUCGUGCAGCACUCGGGGAAUUACUUCGUCACCAUGUUUGACGACUACUCCGCCACGCUGCCACUCACCGUCGUGGUGAUCCUGGAGAACAUCGCUGUGGCCUGGAUUUAUGGCACCAAGAAGUUCAUGCAGGAGCUGACCGAGAUGCUGGGCUUCCGGCCGUGCGUCUUCUACUUCUACGCCUGGAAAUACAUCUCUCCGCUCUGCAUGGCGGUGCUCAUGACAGCGAGCAUCAUCCAGCUCGGCGUCAGCCCGCCCGGCUACAGCGCGUGGAUCCGGGAGGAGGCUGUGGAGAGGUUCCUCUACUACCCAGCGUGGGCCAUGGCCAUCCUCAUCUCGCUCAUCAUUCUGGCCUGCCUGCCGCUGCCUGUGGUCUUCAUCCUGCGCCAGUUCCACCUGGUGUCGGACGGCUCCAACGCCCUCUCCGUCACCUACAAGAAAGGCCGGAUGAUGAAGGACAUCUCCAACCUGGAGGACAACGACGAGACGCGCUUCAUCUUGAGCAAAGUGCCCAGCGAGGCCCCGUCCCCGAUGCCCACGCACCGCUCCUACCUGGGGCCAGGGAACUCGUCCCCGCUGGAGCUGAGCGCUGCCCCCAACGGACGCUAUGGGAGCGGGUACCACUUGGCCAGCACCCCUGAAUCGGAGCUGUGAGGGCCGGCGCCAGCCACCCCCACCCCAGCGCCUUGGCGAGGAGGUGACGGGGGAACGGAACAAACAGACACAAAAGAAGAACCUUUUCCUAGAGCAAAGUGGGCAGCCGCUUCCCGGGCCUGGUUGGGAUUCCCUCUCGGAGGUCUCCAGCCAGCACGGCGGCCCCUUCUCCGCUGCCCUUGGGAGCACACAGAGCAAGACACUGCAGUACGUGUUAUCAGUGGGUUUGCAGAGAGAUUCGCAGGGGAGUCCAACCACGCGCCUCUCGAGCCCCGGGCGCUCGGAAACGGGACGCACAAAGACGUUUCCUCCUAGGACCCGCAGUUCUUCCUCUAACGGGGAGAGGGCCUGGCCCCUAUUGCACUGAUCCCAUUGGGCCAGUCCGGUUCACACACGAUGGGCAGCCCUCUCCCAAGUGAUGGCGGCACCUCCUCUGGAUUUGGAGCACUGGAGACUCCCAAAGAGCCCCGCUUUACAGGCAGGCUGCAUCGUGUGGACAACGCGGGAGAGUGAGUGGCAGCAACUGGCGCCCAGGGAUCGUCCCCAGGAGCCGGGGCAGGGUCUCCACUCAAACUGCGUUCCACUGGGCGCACAUGCCUGGUGACACUGGGCUAGACUAGGGGUGACCCCAGGCAUCGCCCCGGGGUUUUGCAGCUGGGCUGGCUGCAAAACCUGCUUCGGAGCUUCGUUUCCAAUGUGCUGGGCGGAAGAAAGGCAAGCAGUCCCCUAGCCCGCCGAGCGAGAAGCUGGGUUCUUGGUUCCAGUAACGCUCGAGUUCAGAGCCCGGGAUCUAAACCCUGCCCUUAUUUAUACCCUGGUGGUCGUCGUGUGGGUGCCACGCACGCCGACCGUGUGUGUGUGUGUCUGUGUUCACUAGCCUCGUGCAUCUACAAGUGAGGGUCCAAAUUCCUCCCUGGUGCAUCUCUGGGGAUGUCAGUGGCCCGAACCCCGGGCGUAGCUGGCUCGGAGGCUCCAGCUGUGUUUGGGGGAGCGCUGUAUUGUGCAUUACGGGUCUCCCGUACCUGGCUGCCAGGUGUUGGUCUUUCUGCUUGGCUCCUGCAGCCAGAGGGCUACCCCAUCUGUGGGACGGAGGGCCUGCAUGGAGAGGCAGUAAUUGUGGGGCUCUCCCAUCCAUCUGAGGCAACUAGGAUCUGUCGGGGCCAAUUAGGGCCCCGGAUGGAGUCCUCACAGCCACUUGGGCAAGCUUUACUGAUCCUGCAUCUGGGCCCCUGGGGGCAGGGGAGGCUGCUGUCUCUCCAGCUCGCAAUCCGCGGCUGCCCCAGCAGUGCACCGAGAGCCAAAGGCCCCUCGUAAGUUUCUAAGCUGCCCUGCCUGCUCCGGUGGCACGUGGAGCAGCUCGCUGGUUCCGUGCCAGCGCAUAGCCUAGCCAGCCUUGCCUGGUCCAUGCCAGGGCUAUGAGCCCUUCUCCCCUUUCGCCCUUUGAUUUCCUGCUCACAGGGCUCCACCCCCUCCGGAGCGAACAGGGAAAGACCGACGGGCUUCGUCCCUUUCCAUACGCACCUUUUCUGCCCCUCGCGCCCUUUCUUCUGAGGCCUCCUUCAUGCAGCUGGGGAGCCUCAAAAUAACCAUUUCCCAUGAACUGAGCCCCGCAGGAGCCAUUCUGCAGCUGGGGAAACUGAGGCACAGAGUGGGCCAGUGAAUCUGUCUCCCUGCUCUAACAAUCAGCUCUUCCCUCCAUGAGGCUUCCCAAGCUAUGGUCACAUCACCCAGCAGCCUAGCUCCAGCGAUGUCCUAGCUGUUACUCCAGUUUACACCAGCCAGCGGGCUUGUCUCGGGGGUAAUUACACAGCUCGGCUUGGCCAGGCACUGCCUGCUCCCUUUCUCAGCCCAGUGUAAAUCAGGAGUGAUACCAAUAAACCUGCCUGCCCCCCACCACCCUAGGCCAGGCCAGCCAGUGGUAUCAAUCGGUGUCACACCCCUGGAGUUACGGGGCAGAGCCCCAGGGGGUGUCAAUCGGUGUCACACCCCUGGAGUUACGGGGCAGAGCCCGAGGGGGUGUCAAUUGGUGUCACACCCCUGGACUACGUCUAGACUGGCAUGAUUUUCCGGAAAUGCUUUUAACGCAAAAGUUUUCCGUUAAAAGCAUUGUCGGAACAGAGAGUCUAG